AUGGCGGCAAUGCGGACCCUCCACACCGCGCCGGCCUCCUUCGUCGUGCCGCCCGCUCCUCAUCUCGUCUCCCCGACUCCAACCCCAAGAGCAGGUGCCCUGCCAGCGAAGGCUCCUCCUGCCGCGGCGGCCACUAUCCAGUCGCAUGCCCGCCCCCCCUUGUCGCCGCGCGUGGGCCGGCGCCGGCCUUGCGCGAGAGCCGCGUCGUCCGGCGCAGGUGCGGUGGUCGCUUCACUGGAAGAUGCCAAGAGGGACGUGCUCAUCGCGCUCUCCCAGAUUAUCGAUCCUGAUUUCGGCACGGACAUCGUCUCGUGUGGGUUCAUCAAGGAUUUGGAGAUCAGCGAGACCUUAGAGGAGGUCUCGUUUCGUGUGGAGCUGACAACCCCUGCAUGCCCAGUCAAGGACAUGUUUGAAGAAAAGGCAAAUGAGGUCGUUGCAGCACUUCCAUGGGUCAAGAAGGUCAAUGUUACAAUGUCUGCACAACCUGCACAGCCAGUUUAUGCAGGGGACCUCCCAGAAGGACUGAAGAAAAUUUCAAACAUCAUAGCAGUCUCAAGUUGCAAGGGAGGAGUUGGAAAAUCUACCGUCGCAGUAAAUCUCGCUUAUACCUUAGCUGGUAUGGGGGCCAGGGUUGGGAUUUUCGAUGCCGAUGUCUUUGGUCCAAGCUUACCAAAUAUGGUUUCUCCAGUGAACCGGCUGCUAGUGGUGAACCCAGAAAGCAAAAGUAUUCUUCCGACUGAAUACUUGGGAGUCAAAUUGGUGUCUUUUGGCUUUGCUGGACAAGGAAGAGCGAUCAUGCGUGGUCCAAUGGUUUCAGGAGUCAUUAAUCAGUUGCUGACCACGACUGACUGGGGCGAACUUGACUAUCUUGUCAUUGAUAUGCCUCCCGGAACAGGCGAUAUACACUUAACACUCUGUCAGGUAGCUCCGUUGACUGCAGCUGUGAUUGUUACUACCCCUCAGAAGCUGGCUUUUAUUGAUGUUGCUAAGGGUGUUCGGAUGUUCUCUAAGCUUAAGGUUCCAUGUGUUGCAGUUGUUGAGAACAUGUGCUACUUUGAUGCUGACGAAAAGCGCUAUUACCCAUUUGGAAAAGGUUCUGGGGCUCAGGUUGUGCAGCAGUUUGGAAUACCUAACCUCUUUGAUUUGCCUAUACGGCCAACUCUUUCAUCUUCUGGAGAUACUGGCAUUCCGGAAGUAGUGGCUGAUCCCCAAGGGGAUGUUUCCAAGAUAUUUCAGAAUCUUGGAGUAUGUGUUGUUCAACAAUGUGCUAAAAUCAGACAACAAGUUUCAACAGCAGUGUCCUACGAUAGAUCAAUUAGAGCAAUCAGAGUGAAAGUACCAGAUUCAGAUGAGGAGUUCUUCUUGCACCCAGCAACAGUCAGACGGAAUGACCGAUCUGCUCAAAGUGUGGACGAAUGGACCGGAGAGCAGAAAGUACAGUACGGCGAUGUACCUGAAGACAUCGAGCCUGAAGAGAUACGGCCGAUGGGCAACUAUGCUGUUUCUAUAACUUGGCCUGAUGGAUUUAGUCAGAUAGCACCUUAUGAUCAACUGGAUAUGCUUGAGAGGUUAGUGGAUGUUCCUCUUCCAGCAACAGCUGCAGUGGCCUCUUCGUGA